GCACACAGAUGUAAUAAAGGCGUUGAGUCCCGUAGGUCCACUCUUGAAGAAAAGUGAUUCAUCGCUACAAAGCUCAAAUCUUUCUCUCUCUUUCUCUCUGGAUUCGAACUAUUACAGGCAAAUGAGUAAGAAAUUCGUCUCUCCUCUUCAAGAUUAAACGGGUUGUUUAUUAUUUGGGUCGGUGAUUCAUAAGAUGAGCAAAGAACGACCGCCUGAGCCUCUUGAUUUCUUCAUUUGGACCGUUGAGGAUGUUGGGGUUUGGCUGGAAGAAAUAAAUUUAGGUGGGUAUAGAGAAAGUUUCAAAGAAAAUGGUGUAAAUGGUGAGUAUUUGGAAGGUAUGUCAAUGUUCACUACAGAACAGAUACUUAGAUUUAUAAGAAGAUGCCAUAUGAAAUGGGGGGACUUCAUCACUUUGUGCAAGGAACUAAGGCGUAUAAAAGUUGCGUGUCUGAAAGGGGAACAAAAGGUUCGAAGGCCGUGGUGGGCCCCGCCCUGCUUUUCGAUUUUGUUUGUGAAGGCCGCCAAGCGAAAUAGGCAAGGUCGGGUUGUUUCGUUGAAGCUGGAAUCUUGAUGGAAGUUCUUUGGUUCUGUUGUAUUAACUAUUAUGUAUGUUUGUAUUGUUUAGGUUUGGUUUGUUUUGUCUUGGUUUAGAUAGAAUAGAAAUCAAGGAAUGUUUUUUUACAGGUAUCUUUUUGUUUUGUUUUUGAUGUUUUUGAUAUUUUAUUUUUCUUUCUAUGUGCAUUUCUUUAAACUAAUGCUAUGCUAAUAAUGUUAUGUUGUUAUCACA